AUGCCCCAGUAUAACGUCCACGGAAGCUACUUUCUCGGGUUCAACAAGGCGGAGCCCUACAAAACCACACCAGCCAACUGCGCCAACGACAGCUACCCCUUCGAAAGCUACUUCUACCACGGCAGCAUCGGAUAUUACUCCUUCUACAUCGAGGGCGAGGGCACCCUCUGCGCGCUCGACAGCACAGCCUACGACAUCGUCAAAGCCGUCGGCACCUUCGACAUCAACGGAUCCCGCCUCGCCAACGACAAGGGAGAUGGUUUUUACCGGAAAUCAUACUGCUUCGUGUCGUGCAAGCGCUUCGUGAGGCGUUGCAACCCCGCGGACGAGCGCAUCAGCUUCCAGGACGCCUUCGUCUUCGUGCAGGAGAGUCUGCGCUUGUCGGCCCACGGCGCGAAAAACUAUCAUCGACUACUGCUGCUGUUCGCACUGCUGGAUCUGGGCCUCAUGAGCGACCUCUUCCAGCUGAUCACUCAGGAAGGAUUCAUGGGACGCAUACAGUCCAUCUCGCUCGGAUACAACCUGGCCGGCAUCAUGUCCACGCUGUUCGAGAUGGUGGAGACCAUGGGCUGGAUGAGGGAGAAGACGCGCUGCUUCGUCAAGCGGCUGCUCUUCAACUACGAGACGGCCCUCGUCGGAGAACUGCUCACGGCCGCGCUUAUCCAGUUCUACCUGACGUCGCUCAACCGGUCGAGUCUGCGGCAUACCGAGGUGGAGGCCAAGGCCGUCUCGUACUACGUCAUGAGUCUGGUUGGUCACGGCUGCAUCGCACUAGGCUGCGUGCUCGUGAUCUACGGCGGUCUCGCUCUGCUCACGAAGCCCUGCUCUGUGGAUACGACGCUGGGGGCGCGCUCCAAGUUGAUCUCGCUGGCCGGGUACGUGUGCGAGGGUGGCGUCCUGUACUACAAGGUGAACACGCUGAGAGCGUUCGGCAUCUCGAGGUUGACGGAGGAGGACGGCAGCGAGUUUCUCGUACACCCGAAGUUGCAUUGGUUUACAAUUCCGCGCGAGAGUGUCUGGUCGUGA